CGCUCAUAGGCAGAGGCGCCGGUGGCUACGUCAAUCUUCUCUCGCAUUCGCCGGUCGAUACACCUUGUCCCGGCUAUCGGUACCGCGAAUCUAGAGGCAAUCUGCUGGACGAAGCGGCGCCAUUGGUAGCCACCACACCGCCAGCAUUGCACGACAAUGCCGAGAGAAAUCCCGACGUCCUCUGCCCGGUGGAAAUACAUGUGCAUGAUCCCGCAAUACGCGAACGACGACGACGUCCCAUGAGCCAUCAUGUUGAGAAACGGCACCAGAGAACCGUCGAAGAUAGUUCCAAAAGAUGGAUUGAUCUCGAUGAAAAUGUGCUGGACGGUUACAUCUUAAUCGAUGACAGGAACCUUGGUCCCUCAGUCCCCGAGUUUGACGGUGAGGAAUUACCGUAUCCCGAGGAUGCUACUGAGUACGAUGACGAUGACAAUGGCGAUGAUGACGGUAACCAAGACGAAGAUACUGGCAGUCAUGGUAGAUGCGACUGGUCAUAUAAUCGAUCAAAGAGAAGUAAUUUAAAACAAUAUCGGUCUGAUUUCGAUUUUGGCGUGACAUAUCCACUCGCGAAUAGUCAUGGAAAUGCCUAUCAGGACUCGAGCAGCCACAGUAAAUACACAAAACUGUAUGCAGAACAACGGAAAGCCAGGAAUAAUUUGGAAAUAGCUCACGGCCUUGACAUGUCAUCGUACGCAGUAGCAAACAGUCAUGGCGAACACGGCAAUCCGUCGGCAGAUAUACGGGACCGAGGUUACAGAGAGAAUUCGAAAGGUGACAAUCAAAUUUGGGAUACGAGGCCAGUAGACAUGAAUUAUGAAAUAGCCAACAGUCACAGCAAUUACCGCGUGUUCUAUGACAGUCAGACGCAACAUCAAACUAUGAUGCCUCCUUGGUCCUCGGAACCAAAGUCGGAAAAUUACAAGAAAAAAGAAGAGAAAAUCACAAAAAUUGAAGACACGCACGUUACUUCGGAAAAAUCUAAAAAUAAUGCCGCGAGAAAGGAGAACAAUAAAGAAUACGAGGCAAAUCAAUCAGAAAAAAUAAACGAGCCAGACUCCGAAACUAAUAGCGAUAUUGAGCAAUGCUUAGUACAAAUCGAGGAAAGUCUUUUGAAUAUCGAACAAAAUCUUCUUCACGUUCAAGAUCUGGAUAUUCCAGAGCUGCGAAAUCUACUCUACAAGAGUCCGAGUAUCGAACGAAGCCUUUACGAGGAUCUCCUCUACACAGAUGGCAAUGUUCCGGUUAUUCCCAAGAAUAAAUCCACAUCUCUCGAUUCGGACGAAGAACAAGAAGAAAACGAGGAAGAGGAAGAAAUAGAGGAAGAGGAAGUAUGGAUAGGCCAAAAUAUAACGAUUAAAGAUAACGAAGACGAAGACGGAGAUGCGAGUGCACCUCUUAUAAACAGUUCCAAUGAAGAAUGCUCGGAUACAAUCAACGUUGACGAACAUAAUUCCUCAAAAUCGGCAGAUGAUCACUAUACCGAUUAUUGGACCGAUGAAUUAAAUCUACAAGAAGAGGAAAAAGAUUCGAAUUCUCAAUAUUCAAAGAAGAACUUUGUGCUCAAUAGUCUUGGCAAAACUCUACCAAGAAAAAUCGCUUUAGAUGAAGUUAAAGAAAAUAUUAGGUUGUGCUCGUCGGAAUCGGAAGAACCCACGAUUACGAUCGAUUACAAUUUGAAUAGCGCGUACGCCGAAAAGAAAUCCCUCUUCCGCGACAAAUGGCACAGCAGGGCGAGCUCGCUGGACGAGAACUCGAUCUUCCAGAAUUCGGAAUUUGGUGACAAGCAAGAGAAUGAUAAGCCCUCGUUGCAGGAAGUCUUCCUUAUGGCCACGGGGUCUCGUCGUUUAGCAGCCAACGUGAAAGCACUGUCAGAGGGCACCCUACAAACUGAACGGAUAAAACGACGCGACAGAAGAGGGUCCCAUGAAGAGAAGCUUCUACAGGCCGUUGAAGCAACAGCAGAUUUUCGAAAAAAACUCGAGAGUUUUGCGUCGCAGCGACGAUAUGUUCUACAUAGACAAAAGAGAAUGAUGCCGAAAUUAGCCAAGGAAAUCUUGGAUAAUGCAAUGUCACGAUCUAAAGAAAAAUCACCCACGAAACCAAAACGUGCGAUUGCGUCGACAGCUAAGACGCAGGACAGAGACAAUGGCGCCGGUAAGAAUACCGGUUGCGAUAAGAGAAAGAGAAAGAAAUCGGCAAAAAAUCAAAGUACCUCGGAGAACGCUCUGGUACCCAGCAAAUUAAUCUCCCUUUCGUUGUCGUUGCUUCUCGCAGCCCUCCUGCAAGCGGUUAGAUGCUUAACGGAUCUCGUCGAAGAUGCCUUCAGAUCGGUCAGUUUCGAUAAAAACGGAUUGCUGCAGUAAACUGCAAAACAAAUGUCCGACAAUGCAGCUAAUGUCUCGGUUAUAUUCUAAACAAUGGAUUCUUAAGUAUUUAACAACAAUUAAUUAUGUCACCGAUAAACCUCGUAAUCGUUUAAGAAUUACACGAUAUCUGUGAUAAAUGCUAUGCUUAGGAUUUUUAACAAAACUUGCAUUAACCCCUGCUUCCAAACUACCGAGAUUGACGAAGUUUCAUCUGGUUAACAAGAAUUGAAACUGAUUUUAAAGAACUUAUAAAUAUAGCAUGCUGUGAAUGUGAUUAUAUGCGAGCGAGUUAAUCUUGACUAUUACUCUUUCUCUUUAAAAUAUAAAAUUAAAAGACAGACGGGCACAACGAAGCGAAAUGCGAUAGUGCAUGAUAAAUUUGAAUAACUUGACGGUGCUGAAUACGGGCUAAGUGUCAACGGUGUUUUAAUAUUAUGUAUAUACGUUUAAAAGUGCCUGAAAUCUAUCGCGUAUCACAUACGAGGUGUAGUACACGAUACACUAUUAAUAACGCUAUUUACGUCUAUCUUCAUAAAUCUCUUUUUUCAAGUUGUAAGAGCAUUGAGAGAAAAUAAAAAUGAAGCGAGAAGAUAAAAUGCUUGAAACGUAAAA